CGCCGCCAUGAGGGCGGGCCGCUGCCAUCUCCGCCCCCGGCUCCACGCCGCUUUGAAGCGGGCUCGGCUGCCACCCACCCGCCCAGAGCUGCCGGCGCCCAGCCAUGGUGCUGCCCGAGGAGCAGGCCCGGCUGUACCGGCCGCGGCCCGAGCUGCUGCCGGCGGCCCACGUCCCCUCGCUGUCCCACUACCAGCGUCUGUACCAGCGCUCCGUCGAGGAGCCGCACGAGUUUUGGAGCGACAUUGCUAAAGAGUUUUACUGGAAGACUCUGCACACGGGACCCUUUCUGAAGUACAACUUCGAUGUGACCAAGGGCAAGAUCUUCAUCGAGUGGAUGAAGGGGGCGACCACCAACAUCUGCUACAACCUCCUGGACAGAAAUGUCAAUGAGAAGCAACUUGGGGACAAAAUUGCUUUUUACUGGGAAGGCAACGAACCCGGGGACUCUGCCAAGAUCACCUACAGGGAGCUGCUGCACAAAGUCUGCCAGUUUGCCAACGUCCUCCGCAGCCAAGGGGUGAAAAAAGGAGACCGAGUUUCCAUCUACCUGCCAAUGAUCCUGGAGCUGGUGAUAGCCAUGCUUGCCUGUGCCAGGAUUGGAGCUCUGCACUCCAUUGUGUUUGCAGGUUUCUCAGCAGAGUCUCUUUGCGAGCGGAUCCUCGACUGCGGUUGUUCUCUCCUCAUCACGGCAGAUGCCUUUUACCGAGGGGACAAGCUGGUUAACUUGAAGCAGAUUGCAGAUGAAGCCCUCCAGAAAUGUAAAGAGAAGGGCUCCUCUUUGAAAAGGUGCAUCGUGGUGAAACACAUGGGGAGGGAAGAGGCAGCAGCGGAUGGCUCAUGCAGCAAGUCUCCCCCUCUCAAAAGGCUGUGCCAGGAUGUGCAGGAAAAAAAGACUGAGAGCUCACAGAAACUCCAUCCCAAGACCCCUUGGAACCCAGCCGUGGACGUGUGGUGGCAGGAGCUGAUGAGCAGCGCCAGCACCGAGUGUGAGCCCGAGUGGUGUGACGCAGAGGAUGGACUCUUCAUCCUCUACACAAGUGGCUCCACUGGGAAGCCCAAGGGUGUGCUGCAUACAGUGGGUGGAUACAUGCUCUUUGCUGCCACCUCUUUCAAAUACGUGUUUGAUUACCAGCCUGAGGAUGUGUACUGGUGCACAGCCGACAUUGGGUGGAUCACUGGCCAUUCCUACCUCACUUAUGGACCCCUGGCCAACGGGGCCACCAGUGUGCUGUUUGAAGGUGUCCCCACCUACCCGGAGGUGGGGCGCAUGUGGAGCGUUGUGGACAAGUACAAGGUGACCAAGUUCUACACAGCGCCCACAGCCAUCCGCCUGCUGAUGAAGCACGGGGACGAGCCUGUCAAAAAGCACAGCAGGAAGACGCUGAAGGUGCUGGGGAGCGUCGGGGAGCCUAUCAACCCUGAGGCCUGGCUGUGGUACUACCGUGUGGUGGGAGAGGAGAGGUGUCCCAUUGUGGACACAUUCUGGCAGACAGAGACAGGUGGCCACAUGCUGACACCCCUCCCUGCUGCCACCCCCAUGAAGCCAGGCUCUGCUACGUUCCCCUUCUUCGGUGUGGUCCCUGCCAUCCUGAACGAGUCGGGGGAAGAGCUGGAAGGAGAAGCAGAAGGCUACCUGGUGUUCAAGCAGCCCUGGCCAGGCAUCAUGCGCUCGCUGUAUGGGAACCACCAGCACUUUGAAACCACCUACUUCAAGAAGUUCCCUGGCUACUAUGUGACAGGAGAUGGCUGCAGGAGAGACCAGGAUGGUUAUUACUGGAUCACAGGGCGCAUCGAUGACAUGCUCAAUGUUUCUGGCCACCUGCUGAGCACCGCAGAGGUGGAGUCGGCCUUGCUUGAGCACUCUGCCAUCUCAGAGGCUGCAGUGGUCAGCCACCCACACCCCCUGAAAGGAGAGAGCCUCUACUGCUUUGUGACCCUGAGGGAUGGCCACGAGUUCACCAAGAACCUGGCAGAUGAGCUGAAAAAACAAGUCAGAGAGAAAAUUGGGCCCAUAGCAACACCUGAUUACAUCCAGUAUGCUCCCAGCCUGCCCAAAACCCGCUCAGGGAAGAUCACCAGGAGGAUACUAAGGAAGAUUGCCCAAAACGACCAAGAUGUGGGGGACAUCUCCACCUUGGCAAACCCAGGUGUCAUAAAGCACCUUUUCAACAACAGAUGUGACACUAAACAGUAGCAGCAGGGCUUGUCUCUGCCGAAGCAGAACUGUGGUGGCCGCAGCAGUGUCCCUUCAAUGGCUGCCCCGGGAGGGAACCUGCAGCUCCUGAGUUGAAUGUACAAACAUUAGAGGGAGGGAGAGGCUACUUCUCACUAACAUGUCCAUGCCUUGGAGGGGCAGCUGCAGCUCCAGAUAGGUAUCCUACAGCUGAGGUUCCACCUCAUGCAGAGGGACAUCUCCUCCUCCCUUUGCAGCCCUUCCUUCUUGAUCUGUAAUUGUAUUUCCUUGGGAGAGGGGUGCUAAUUAACUUGAUGUAAUUGAGGGCCCCUGGUGCCUCGCAUGUGGUGGGAGGGGAAGUGGUGCUGGAGUCACUGAGGGCAGGCAGGGGAGGUGCAGCUGCCACUGCCCCCAGGCCAGCAAAGCUUUAUCUGUACUUGGAGUGCUGCAAGCUGCAGGCCAACUGAAGGUCAGGCUCACAGAGCUGAAGGGCUGAGGUUUGCUCUUGCAUUCACCACCCAAGCCUGUUGCUAGCAGAAGGCCCCCAGCCUGUGAGAGUAGGGCUCCAGGAAGCUCUGUGCUUUGAGCAGGCUUACAGCAAUUUGGUACCAGAAUCUGCUCCUUCUGACUGGGCUGUGGUUUGCCCAGUCCAGGCUCCUUCAUGGACAUGGACAUACAGUAGGAAGCCAUGGUCUAGGAGGGCAAAUCUUGGUCUGACCUGCUCCACAGAGCUCUGCUGCCACCCACUCACAGCUGAGCUCAGGUGUCCUCAGGUAGGAGUGGGUGGUGGAUACCAAAGGAUGGAGGAGAAUCAAAGCUAUGCAGAGACCUUUUCCCACUGCCAGCAAGCCAGGCAUAGGGCUAUCACACACCACCACCACUGCUAGAGCAAAGAAACCAGGGCAGGCAUCCUAGGUGUUGCUUUCCUGUCAGGAGAAGAUGGUUUAAGAUGUUUCAAGUUAGCUUUUGCUUUAAUCUGGCAUGGAUUUAUGAUGAGGAGAGUCCAAAACCCCAAACCUCUAGCCCAAGAGCCUCACCACCACAGGGGCACUGCCAAAGCCAUUCUUGAACUGAAUUCCAUUGACCUCCAUCCCUGGGUGGAGCUGAUACCUCCUUUGUGGUGUCUGUGUGACAACUGCAUGUGAACUGUUAGAUUUUGCACUUAAACCAAAGGAGAACUGGGCUCACAAACUUGCUGCAGCAGCUGCCUGGGUGAGCGCCAAGCUCCAGGCUUUGCCCACAGACAGAGCUAACCUGUCUGGGCUGGAAGCUGCUUCUGAGCUGGCUGCUCCAGGCAAGGGUUGUGGGUGCUCUGGUGGGCUACUGUCCAAGUCCCAAGUCUCACUUCUUACCUGCUGCUCUCACUGGCACAGCACUUGUCUGUGAUCUGUAACCUCAGCACGUGCCAGUGUCCCAUGUGCCCCCCAUGGCUCUGUACCAGUGGAUUCCUGCAUCAUCUCUCCUCUAUUCGAUGAUUCCUCCUCUGUUCCUCUUCAGCUGUUCUGUGAUUUGGGCUGGACACAGCUCCAGUUUUAUGCAAAAUGGAAUAAAAUUGAAGGAAACCAAA